UACAUUUCUAGAAUCCUUUCCCGGCAUACACUGCGUGUUCAAUAUGGAGGAACUGACAGUAGAGGUCCGUGGCUCCAACGGAGCAUAUUACAAGGGGUUUGUCAAAGAUGUUCAUGAUGAUUCACUCACCAUUGUCUUUGAAAAUAAUUGGCAACCAGAGCGCCAAGUUCCCUUCAGUGACAUACGAUUGCCGCCCCCCUCCGAUGCCAAAAAGGACAUUGGUGAAGGCGAGGAGGUGGAGAUCUUCUCCAGAGCAAAUGAACAGGAGCCAUGUGGCUGGUGGUUGGCUAAAGUGCGGAUGAUGAAGGGAGAUUUCUAUGUGAUCGAGUAUGCAGCUUGUGAUGCUACAUACAAUGAAAUUGUCACCUUUGAACGCCUCCGGCCUGUGAACCUCAACAAAGCAGUGACAAAGAACACCUUUUUCAAGUGCACAGUUGCAGUUCCUGAUGAUUUAAAAGCAGCGUGUGAGCAUGAACAGGCCCAUAAAGAUUUCAAAAAGGCAGUGGGAGCCUGUCGGAUUGUCUACAAUUCAGAAACGAGCAAAUUAGUCAUAUUGUCCACAAAUGAAGCCACAGUUAAACGAGUUGCCAUAUUAAGUGACAUGCACCUGCGUAGCAUUCGGACGAAGUUGAUGCUCAUGUCUAGAAAUGAGGAAGCUACCAAACAUUUGGAGAGCACAAAGCAGCUGGCCUCUGCCUUCCAAGAGGAGUUCUAUGUCAGGGAGGACUUGAUGGGGCUUGCCAUUGGGAGCCAUGGCAGCAACAUACAGCAGGCCAGAAAAGUGCCGGGAGUCACGGCCAUUGAGCUUGAUGAGGACAGGGGAACGUUCCGGAUUUAUGGAGAGAGCGCUGAAGCGGUACAGAAAGCCAGGAGUUACCUUGAAUUCAUUGAAGACUCAAUUCAGAUACCAAGAAACUUGGUUGGCAAGGUGAUUGGCAAAAAUGGGAAAGUUAUUCAGGAGAUUGUGGAUAAAUCUGGUGUGGUUCGGGUACGGAUCGAAGGAGACAAUGACAACAAGCUUCCUCGACAAGAAGGAAUGGUUCCGUUUACGUUUGUUGGCACAAAGGAGAGCAUCGGGAAUGUCCAGGUUCUCCUAGAGUACCACAUCGCCUACCUUAAUGAGGUGGAGCAGUUGCGACUGGAGAGGCUGCAGAUUGAUGAGCAGCUUCGACAGAUUGGGAUGGGCUUCAGGCCUCUGUCGGGCCGCCCUGCGGAAAAGGACAAGGGCUACACCACCGAUGAGAGUGUGUCUGCAGCCUCCCUGCACGGCAGCCGCUCCUACAGCGGCAGGGGCCGCGGGCGCAGGGGCCCCAACUACACCUCCGGUUACGGCACAAAUUCUGAGCAGUCUAAUGCCUCCGAGACUGACUCAGAGCGGAAGGACGAGCUGAGUGACUGGUCCCUGGCGGGUGAGGAGCCAGAACGGGGACCUCGGCAGCAGCGGGACAGCAGGAGGAGGCCUGGGGCGGGGCGGGGACGUGCAGGCCUCAGCGGCAGAGGCCGGGGAACAGGGAGAGGGGCAUCCAGCUCCUCCAUCAGCUCCGUACUGAAGGAUCCAGACGGCAACCCUUACAGUGUACUUGACAACACAGAGACAGACCAGACCGCUGACACAGACGCCAGUGAGUCUCACCAGAACACCAACCGACGCCGCCGAUCACGCCGCCGCAGGACCGAUGAGGAUGCCACCCUCAUCGAUGGCAUGAGCGAGUCUGACAACACCUCUCUCAGCGAAAAUGGCAUCGAUGACUUGGAAGCGAAACCCCAGCGGCGUAACCGUAGCCGCAGGCGGCGUUUCCGCCCCCAGGAGGAAAGGCAGCCAGUUACAGUGGCCGAUUACAUAUCACGCGCUGAGUCCCAGAGCAGACAGAGGAACCCAAGGGAUCUCAAAAAGAACAAAAAAGAGCUGGCACAGGUUGAUUUCAUAGAGGAGCACGGCCCUUCCACUGCGACGAGCAACGGUCCCAGCAGCAAAGGCAGCGAGUCGAGCAAAGUGCCGCACGCUCCUGCGGAGAGAACCGCAAAAGCCAGCUACCAAGGCGAAGGAAACCAACAGGCGGUGCUGAAUGGGGUUUCCUAAAUGGUCACUCCCAGUAUAAACCAUAACUUCUACAUUUAAAAUAGUGCUUGUACAAGCUUGCCAAAGAUAGUCAUGUGGACUUCCAGAUUCUUUACCGCACUUUUCAGUUCCUUCAUAUUGGAACACAGAGGGGAUGGAUCCUGACUAAAUACUGAACAGAGACAAAAACAAAAGUUACAUCUAGUACAUAUGUUCUAAGUACAUGAUCAGAUGUUGUGCCUUCAGAGAGUAGAUUCAACAUUAAAGUUGGCUGGCUGUAGAAAACAUAACUUUGUCAGAUAUGGUGAUGAUGGGAGGACCCCAGACAUCCUAAUAUUUGUUAUGAAGACCGUUAGCGGCUUUUGUUACGUUUUAAUAUGCAACCAUUUCUUCAUAUGAGGAAAAACUAGAAAAUGCAGUCUGAAAGAAAAAAAUUUGCACUGAAUUGUUACUAUCCCAUUAGAGUAAUGUUAGUCUGGAAACUGGUCUGUUAACUUUGUUGACCAUUUUUUAAUGCUGUCAGAAAAACCUGCAGAGUACUGGAAGAUUGGAUUUUAUUUCUCAUUCAUCUGCAGGGACACUGGAUUGAUAAUGGCAGAGACUGUUUCGUAAAACUGGGGCUUUGUUUGGUUUAUUUAUUUUAAAAUGUACAGUAUUUAAGAAUUAAGCUGUUCUUUAAACACUAAACUGGCAGAAAGUGUUUCGAUGCAGGUGUAAUUUGGACUACUGAAAGAUCAAUUUCCAGAUUUUGUUUCUGUUCUGUAAACUACAUAUGUUAGUCCUUAUGGUUUUUUUAAUGAUCAUUUUGGUUGUUUGAUGUGCAAUAUGUUUUGUAUGCAGGUAGUUCUUAAAUAAAACUUGAUCUUCCAUCUUUUGUUUUGAAAACAUUCUUUUAAACUGUUGAUUAUUGGAAUAAAGAUUUGCCAUACUAACUACUAGAUAGGUGCUACUUCCAGUCCCUUUAAAC